AUAAUAUUUAGUGAUUAAAUAUAAUUCAUAUAACUAUUUAAAAUUAAACUUUAAUGCAUUGUUAACAGCAACGACGAAUCCCAAAUUCCCAAACUACAAUAAUACAUCACGGAAAUAUUGCACGAUUGCUUGACCUUAAGUAUCUAGCCUGUUUCUAUCUGCAAUCUGUUGAGUUUCUAUCUAAUUGGUUGGACAGUUGAGUUCGAAAUACGAGCUGGCUAAACUUAUACAACGUCAAAUUGCCAAUGAAGAUAGUUUUCGCCUAUAAAAUUUACUAUAAUUUUUGAAGUUGAAAGGCUUGGAUAGUCCAUUAACAUCAUCCAUUUAUUGUCCAUCGUUUGAAGGGGAAUCUUUUUGUGGCGAAUCACGUGAAAUGAAUAAAGUAGAUAAGGAAGUCUACAUUGAAAAUUUCGACUAUCCAAACACUGAUGAUGUAGGAAAAUAUGAAAAACUCUCAAAAAUUGGGCAAGGAACGUUUGGAGAAGUGUUUAAAGCAAGACACAAAAAGACGAGAAAAUUAGUUGCAUUAAAAAAAGUGUUGAUGGACAAUGAGAAGGAAGGGUUUCCGAUAACAGCGUUAAGAGAAAUCAAGAUAUUGCAGUUGUUGAAGCAUGAUAACGUUGUGAACUUGUUAGAAAUAUGCAGAACAAAAGCCAAUCAUCACAACAAGUAUCGGAGUAUGUUUUACUUGGUCUUUGACUUUUGUGAUCACGAUUUAGCCGGGUUGUUGUCAAAUGUGAAUGUUAAGUUUUCUCUUGGUGAAAUAAAAAAAGUAAUUCAACAAUUGCUAAAUGGAUUAUAUUACAUCCAUACGAAUAAGAUUUUGCAUCGUGAUAUGAAAGCUGCCAACGUUCUUCUUACAAAACAAGGCGUUUUAAAAUUAGCUGAUUUUGGACUUGCACGAGCUUACAGCAUACAAAAGAGUGAACCAAAUAGGUAUACCAACCGUGUUGUGACGCUGUGGUACAGACCGCCAGAGUUGCUCUUGGGGGAACGCAAUUAUGGUCCUGCUGUGGACAUGUGGGGCGCUGGUUGCAUAAUGGCUGAGAUGUGGACACGGUCCCCCAUAAUGCAAGGAUCCACCGAGCAGCAGCAGAUUACUCUGAUAUCUCAGCUCUGUGGCUCCAUUACACCAGAGAUUUGGCCUGCGGUUGAGAGCCUUGAACUUUAUGCGAAGUUAGAACUUCCUAAAGGUCAAAAGCGGAAGGUGAAGGAAAGGCUAAAAUUUUACGUAAAAGAUGGCUGUGCUUGUGAUCUACUCGACAAAUUGUUAACGUUGGAUCCUUCGAAACGAUUGGAUGCGGACACUGCACUGAAUCACGAUUUUUUCUGGUCUGACCCUAUGCCGUGCGACCUAAAGCCCAUGCUACAAACUCAUUCGCAGUCCAUGUUCGAGUAUCUCGCACCUCCGAGGAGGUCAGGAGGUCCACAUCAUGUCCGACCCCAGCCUCAACUGACGACACAAAUGAAACCACCAGCAGACGUGGGAUAUCAUGACCGUGUAUUCUAAUUUAGUACCUAGUUUUAUAUGUUGUCCUUAUAGCAGAUUAAUCUGUUUUUCCUCGAAAUCCCUAGCGCAGCUCGUCAUGACUAAUUAUAAGCAUCUUUUUGUAAUAAGUUUUUAGUUCGUUUAAUUGCAAGUAGACUAGUUAGUAUAGUAGAAUUCCAAAAAUUAUAUUGUUAUGCAUGGAUUCAAAUACCAUAUCUCAAUCUUAUUAAACUAUAUAGUACUCUUUAUUUGUUAAAUAAAUGAAU